AUGGCCGGCGCGUUCGGCUCCGGAGCCGCCUUUGGCGCGGCCUUGACGACAGCCGGUAUCCAUCAGCCAGGCAUCAUCGUGGCCCAGAUGGACUUGACAAACUACCGGAUGGUCGAGACAUUCCUGACCGCUUCGGGCACAAGCAUGCUACUGGUCACCGUGCUUCAGAGGCUGGGCUACCUAAGUCUCAAGCCUCGAAGCUUUUCAUCCCUCGGCCUCUUCAGUCCCGUCGACGGCAAUAUCAUCGGCGGCUGCCUCCACGGCGCCGGCAUGGCGCUCUCGGGCGCUUGCCCUGGGACCUUGUUCGCGCAAAUCGGAGUGGGCAUAUGCUCUGGUGUCUACACGCUCGGGGGAGGUAUUCUCGGGGGCAUACUCUGGGCCGGUGUCCUCCGGCCGAUAAUAGGGGCACGAAAGAAGCCGAAAGACUCUGCGCCUGACAAGCUGACGGUCCCCGAGGCGCUGGCUGGUGUCGAUAGUAACGAGGCAAUCGUUACUGGGCACGUCAUCGGCUUUGAGGAGGUUGGCGACUACUUCUGGUGGGUGACCAGAGGCGGCAGUAAGCCCAAGUCGUACAGCGCCAUAUUCAUCACGACCGGCGUGGUGGCUGGGACUAUGGCGGUGUCGCUGGUUGUGCCUUCAGUAUUGGUGCCACAAGAUCGGUCCUAG